UUUUCUCUUGGCUAUGGAUGUUGUGAUUGUCCGUAGGUGGUAGACGGUCUCUGACUGUCGAACGCGGAGGUACCACCCGGCGGAUCUCGUAGGCGGAGCCAGAAUGUGUGCAUGUUGCAUGCACACGUGUUCCCUCGCCAGAGUCCGUGUGGCGUUCCCCCUUUCCCCUGUAUCCCCUUAUAGCCCCACGCCUUAGGCCUUCGUGGUAGUUGGAGUAUAAAAAAAAAGCUCG